GACAGGCAGACAAGCUGUACUGGCAGUUUUUAUCAGUUAGUGGCUACAAUUCAGCUGAUCUCUGGACUCUCCGAUUGAGCAAUACAACCAGAGACAGGCUGCUCCAAAAUCUGUUAGGGACAAAGGCAGGACUGAGGAGGGACACAAACUCAAGAGAAGAGAGAAAACAGAAGUAAACAGUAGCUUAAAAGUAUUGAACCAAACGAGUUAAACUUCCACAGAGGAUUUCUGAAGUAAAAUGGCAGAUAGAACUUUUUAUUUGAGGUUUUGGGGAGGAGAAUGAUGGAUUUGAGAGGAAUUGGGGUCAAAGGCAGGGGUCUGGUCGAGAGUAAUUGUGGUGACAGCCAGUACAAGGGGACAAGCACUCAUGUGAGACACAGAGGAAUUAAAAGAUAAACGACAGAGAAAAGGAACAGAAACAAACUGGCAGGCCUCAACCAGACUUCAAUAUGGGUGUGAAGGGCAAGGCUGCUGCUGCUAUCUUAGUUCUGCUCCUGUUUCUAGGCUCACUUUGGCUACGACUUGCUUAUGUUCCUCUCUACUGUCUCACUGCAGAGGGAGGUUUGGAUUACCACUGGGAUUCUUGUUUAAAAGGUUAUAAUCAGGGAAAUAAGCUUCCCCAGAAGCCCAACAGCAGUGGCUCAGACGUGGUUGAGGGUCCACAUGUCCUCUCACUGUGCCCUGGCCAGAACUUCCAGGUGUCGAUGCUGCUGUCCCACCUGCUGGCUUCUCCAGCUUACACCUCUGAUGUGCUACUUAAGCCAUAUCUGUCCAGCUGGGACGAGCUCAUGAAGUUCAUGGACGCUCUGGGCCCAAUGGUGGGUCUGAUAUCUAAAGAGAUAGAAACUAAGACCUCCAUAAUCCGGAAACUGGCCCUGUUGUCUGAGGACAAUCCUAAAGCAGAGCUUGCCCUGAAUGCACACUCAUUAAACUCUAUGGACGCACACUCUGAGGAAAAGAAUAAUUUAAAAGUCUCACGUUACACAGACGCAUACCACUCUGUGCGCUCUAUGAUCUGGGUGGAGCUGAAUCGAGGAUUAGUGGACUUCCACCACCAGACAGACUCUGGAUGUCGGACUCUUCUUCGCCUGCAUCGAGCUCUGCUUUGGCUGAAGCUCUUCCUGCAGAAACUGGCUGAGACACCAGUGGCCGGCCGAGUCAAGAGCCCCUCAGAGCUUUGUCGAGAAGCCUACCAAAGCACCCUCUCAGUCCACCACACCUGGUUUGUCCGCAAGGCUGCUGAACUAGCCUUUAUUGCCAUGCCAGAGCGGGGUUUUUUCUUCAGACUGGUUUGUGUGCAAAACCAGGAAGAGCUGAGCAUGGUGCUCAACAGAGUGGUUAAGGCCAUUGCAGAAGUUUAUGACAGGACACAAAAAGUCCUAGAGGAAAAUGGCAUGCUGGACUUGCCAUAGCUGCUAUUAUACCAUGUUUUGUAUUGUUUUCAUGGUAUCUUUGGCAACACAUAUUUGACCAUCAUUUAUGGCAACGAAAAAGCUGUAGAUCUAUGAAGAACUUACAUUCUAUUUUUCUGGCCAAACGUAUCCUGUCAACAAACAAAAACCAGACAACAAAAGAUCAACAAUCAACUAAUUCCAAGUCACUUUUACUCUGGCAUUCUGGUUUUGAUUCAAUGAUAUGUCAACUACUUAUCUUAGAAGCACUUUAAGGCAGCUGAUGAUGAAUACAGGCUUUGUAUUAUUAAACAAAGUGGUCACAGUAGCAGGGCUAUAAUCGCCUGCACUUAAACACAUAGGUUUUUUUUUCCAUUUAUUCCAUCUAAUAAUGCAACAAAAAAAUUGCAGUAAUGUUUUUGUGCCUGCUCUAGCCCAUAUGGGGUUGCAAUUACUUUUGUUUUUUGUACCUAUGAAUCAUUGCUUGUUUAAAUGUAGGUGAUGAUCCUUGAUUUAGUAUGCUACUUCAUAACUGGCUGAGUCCCAACGCCAUAGUCUUAAAAUUGUCAUGGGGCCAGUCUAUUGUAAAUAAAGAGGUGUUACACAAAAAUCAAUAUGGGCUGAAUAAAUAACAGUAACUGUUACUUGGUUACUUAAUUUUCCGUUUACAUAUAUAUUAGAAAAUUUUGUAUCAUGUUCAGAAUUAAAUAUUUAGACAA